AGCUUGGAGGCUCGUCAUUUUACGGAGUCUCGUACUUUUUAACGAGGCAGUUGUGUGAAAACGGAUGUAUACGAAUCUGACACACUCGUUCCUUUAGCUAAAUCUUCAAGUUCUUAUUUUGCCUUUAUGUCCUGAUGAUAUCAUAAUAACACAGUGGCACAUUUGAAGAGUUCUUGACGAGUUUCCCAUCCACCUCCUCAGAGGGAUUGCGAUGCCCUCUGAUUUCAUAUCUCUACUGAGCGCGGACCUCGACCUUAAUUCCCCAAAGUCCCUCUACUCCAAAGAAUCUGUGUAUGACCUUCUCCCCAAAGAGCUGCAGCUGCCACCCACCAACCAGCCAAACCCCGGAACCAUGAGUCAGACCAGCGGCGGAGAGGCAGGCCCUCCACCCUCCACCACAUUUGCUUCAGAUGCCUCGUCCAUCUCUUCAACUCUGACCAUGGGAAGUCCCCGCAGUGCUUUUCCCAACUCUUCCAGCUCCAAGGCCCACUCCUCUACCUCAGCCUCCGAGCGAACACCUGCACCCCCCACCGCAUGCACUCCAGGAGAAGUCAGCAGUCGGGCAAUCUCAGAGCUGCUGGAUGCGGAGGGCAAACUUUGCGGAGGCAGCACACGGCUGAAGAAAGGAGCAGCCGCUGCUGGAGGUGGAGGAGGUGGUGGAGGAGGAGGAGGAGGAGGAGGAGGAGGAGGAGGAGGAGGAGGAGCUGCAGGGAUGGCGAGCCAGCAGGGCACCCAGUAUCACCAGAUGACUCCAUCCAAGCGGCCCGUCUUGAACAUCUCGCCCCCGCCAGAGGACCUCUUCGAUGACAGCCGCAUGUCUUGCCAGGACGAGGUGUCGCUGGACUCGGAGCAGAGCAACAGCCUGUGGACGGAGAACUCCGUCUCCAACUUCAGCCUCAUGAGCUCCAGCUCCUACAAUGACAACACCGAGGUGCCCCGCAAGGCCCGCAAACGCACGCCGCGCCAGAGGCCUGGACCAAAGCCUGCCCCUGUGCAGGAGAGCAGCAUGGACAUGUUUGACGCGGACAGUGCCAAAGCGCCCCACUUCGUGCUCUCCCAGCUGGGCCCAGACAGCAAGACCUCCAAGGGAAGUUCGUCAGAUGGGCCCCAGGGUCCGGGCCCCAAAGGAGGCGUGCUGUGUGGCCAGUUCCCCCAGAAGAGUGAGGGCAAAGAGCUGAAGAUCCUGGUACAGCCCGAGACACAGCACCGGGCGCGCUACCUCACUGAAGGCAGUCGGGGCUCUGUCAAAGACCGCACCCAACAAGGGUUCCCCACUAUCAAGCUGGAAGGUGUGAAUGAGGCAGUGGUCCUGCAGGUGUUUGUGGGUAACGAUGUCGGGAGAGUCAAGCCCCAUGGCUUUUACCAGGCUUGUCGGGUGACGGGACGCAACACCACCGCUUGCCGAGAGGUUGACAUCGAGGGGACCACCGUCAUUGAAGUCUCCCUCGAGCCAAGCAACAACAUGACCUUGGCGGUGGACUGUGUGGGGAUCCUGAAGCUUCGCAAUGCUGACGUGGAGGCCCGCAUCGGCGUGGCAGGCUCCAAGAAGAAGAGCACCCGCGCCCGCCUGGUUUUCCGGGUCAACAUCCCGCGCGCUGACGGCUCCAUGCUCACGUUACAGACACCCUCCUCGCCCAUCCUGUGCACCCAGCCUGCUGGUUUGCCAGAGAUUUUGAAGAAGAGUCUCCACAACUGCAAUGUGAAAGGCGGAGAGGAAAUCUUCAUCAUCGGCAAGAACUUCCUCAAGGGCACCAAAGUCAUUUUUCAAGAAAACAUUGGAGAUGAGAAGUCAUGGAAAGCAGAAGCUGAAAUUGACAUGGAACUUUUCCAUCAGAACCAUUUGAUAGCAAAAGUCCCUCCUUAUAAAAACCCCAGCAUACCCUCGCCUGUCUCUGUUGGGAUCUUUGUGAUGACCAGCGCAGGCCGCUCUCAUGACGUGCACGCCUUCACUUACACUCCAGAACCUGUUCAAGUUGACGUGCCGGUGAAGAAGGAGGCAUCAUCUCCAGUGAAGCCUUGCUCCUACGAUCAGAUUAAAGCAAUGGAUGGAGCCCUCAUGCCCCCGACCAUACCUCUUGUUAAAAGGGAAGAUGUCACUCCAAUGGAGGUGUCUAACACUUUAUCUUCAAGCGUCUUCAAGCAGAACCCAGACGUGAUGAAUGCCGGUCAACAGCAGACUUCCAGUAUCUCGACCAACAAUGGCCCCUUCCCCAGCGCCCUUGCCUGCCAGACCGCUGACCAGGAUCAGACCCAAAGCACAGCUUUCGCCAGCAAAGAAACCUUGAGCACAAUACAGAAACAGGACAUUGCCCCCACCGGCUCAUUCCCAGUGUCUGGGAAGACCAUGCUCCCACCACAGGCGCAGGCACCCUUCAUGAUGCAGGGUAUGGAGCAGGAGCGGGCGGGGGGCAACGUGGGCUCCGUGGGCUCCGUGGUGGCCCUGUCACAGCUGGGAGACUCCACUCCGCAGCAGCAGCAGCAGCAGCAGCAGGCCCAGCAGCUUCCCCUGAUACCCCUGGACGAGGUGGCGCAGCUGGAAGAGGCCGUACGGCAACAGCUCACAGGAUUCCGCAGCCUUCCCAUGCGGUCGGAAAAUUCAUUCGCAAAACAGCAGCAGAAACAACUUCAGCAGCAACAAAUGCAACAGCAGCAGCAGCAAAUUCAGCAGCAACAGCAGCAGCAGCAACAGCAACAGAUUCAGCAGCAACAAAUCCAGCAACAGCAGCAGAUUCAGCAGCAGCAGCAAAUCCAACAACAACAGCAGAUUCAACAGCAGCAACUUCAACAGCAGCAGCAGCUGCAACAACAGCAGCAAAUGCAGCAACAGCAACAGAUUCAGCAGCAACAAUUGCAGCAGCAGCAGCAGCAACAGCAGCAAAUUCAGCAGCAACAGAUUCAGCAACAACAGCAGCAGCAGAUUCAGCAGCAGCAGCUUCAGCAGCAGCAGCAGCAGCAGCAAGUUCUUGAGAACCUGCAACAGCAGCUAUUCCCACCGCAGAUGCCCAUGUCUCAGAAUGUACCACAGAGUAUAGUACAGACCAGUGGCUCCCUCUUCCAACCAUCACAACAACAGCAGCAGCAGCAGCAGCAACAGCAGCAGCAAGCCCAACAGCAUCAACAAGAGGCUGCUCUCUUCCAGCAGGCCAAAGACCUCUUGUCCAUCCAGCCUGGUUUCAUGCAGCAGCCACCCUCGCACACCUCUCCACCUCUCUUCCACAACCCCAGCCCCAUGUCCAGCGCCCAGGACACACAGGGCGGUCUCUUUCACACCCCAAAGACAUCGCCCACUCAGGAGCAGGUGCAAGCCGCCCUGUUCCAGAACAGCCUCUCCGCUAUGAACGGCUCAAGUCUCCCUGCGGAACAGCAGGCGUCCCCCACGGGCAUGUUCCUCCCACAGAACGCCAUGCCCGGUCCGUUGUCUGUAAACGGAAGCCAGCAGCAGCAGCAGCUCAAUUUCCUCAACUCCCUGCAAUCGGCGAGCCUCGAGACACCAUCUGUGUUUCAGAACCAGCCCCCGAUGUCCGCCAUGCAGCAGAGCACUCCCAUGGACCAGCAGCAGUGCCCCCAGCCUCCGCUGCCCACCCCUCAGGCAGGGAACAUAUUUCAAAACCUCACACACUCACCCUCCAGCAAACUGCCUCAGGCCCAGCCGCAGCCUGCGGGCAUGCUCUUCUGCAACGGUGCUCUGCCCUCUGUAAACCCCGAUCAGACCUCAAGCCUGUUGUUUGGCAACCAGGCCCAAAUGUCUCCCCUGAGCACCAGCAGUCUUUCCUCUCCAGAGCAGCCCAACACCAGCCUACCCUUCUCCCAAGGCAACAUGGUGCCCGUGAGCCGGCCGGACUCGUCGGAGCCCAUGGCAUUCCAGAACCAGGCGCCUGGGGUGGGGGGCCCAGCUGUUGUCAACAAGCCGCUCCAGCCUGGGCUCUUCCAGGACCAGCAGCCCAUGCAGCUGACGCCCAGCUCCAACGCAGGCUCCGCACAGUCCGUCACACUCUUCAUGGACCAGUCUAACGUGCCCCGGGACAUGCCUCCAGCCGCGGCGGCAGGACUCUUUUCCACACAGAACGGAGUGGCGGGGCUCCAGACUACCACCUCGUCGUCCGUGCAGCAGCCAGGAACGCUCUUCCAGUCGGCAGUGAACGGGACCCUUAACCAGCCUGGGCAGGCUCCGCAGUCAGGACUCCUGUUCUUUGAACUGCGAAACGAUUGUGGUGAAUUGAUCAACUCUGCUGGAACCACACUGUCGGAUCAGAUCAUUGCCAUCAGCCAGUCAGGUCAGAACCAGAGACAGGCUGAAGCGCAGAUCCAGCCCAUGCUCACCCAGACCAUCUCUGAAUCUGGCAGCCUGCAAAACAGCAUUAACGCCACGCAGACCAUCGAGAAGAUCGAUGACCUUCUUGUGAGCUUUCAAGAGCAAGGCAACAACCUCUCUCGCUCCUAUUAAAGGAGACGCGUCUUGGAUGACUGAUCAUCUGACUGUAUAAUGGCUGAUAGGUGUUACAUUAAUUUCCCCUGGUUUGAAAAGAAACAAGAUUAGGAUGUGGAUGCAGGAAGCAAUUCAACACACCUGCGCAGGGUCAUCAGAAAAGGCAUUUCUGGGAAGUACCGCGUCUACAGUUUCCUUCCAAGGGGAUGUGUUGCUAAGUGUUCAGUUUUGUCUCUCCGACUGUGAAUUGACAAGUAUCAUAGGAUAGAAAGGUUAUGGUUUGUCUUCGUGAAACUGUAUUAUUUUUUGGUGUUGUUCCUCAUUACAGAUUAACAUACAUAGGACAACACAAUGUGUCCUUAAGACUGUUAAUAACGUAUUAUUUUUAUAGCUCAUGAACUUUUUUAGAUUAAUCAGAUAUCCCUAUUGAUCCGUAAAAAUCCACGAGUAACACUUGUGUGCCCUGUGUUCUCUCUAUCCCUAAGCACUUUAUAAUGUUCUCCAUUGUGACCAGUUUCUAUUUAUGGUGAACUCAACAUUUUCUCUGCUUUUUUAACCCUUUACCUUAUCUAGUGUUUACUCUUAA